GGGAGAGAAAAAAAAAAGAGAGAGAUGAGCUGGGCGGGAGGGUUCCUGGUGCACCACAUAACUGGCCCCCUUCCAAUUAAAGAAGAGAGCUUAUGUUAUUGAAGAGCAGCCUGGCCAAUCAGGCGGCAGUGAAGGCAAAGACGGCAGGAAAAAAAGCAGCAGAACGAGUGGGCAAGAGAAAGAAAAAAAACUGCAGUGUGUUUGUCUCGGAGCCUGCAGAGAAGGAGAAGAGCUCAAAGUCCACGAGGGAGCAGCCUGCACUUAAGGAUUUCUGAUUGACAGCCCUCUCAGAUUACUUCCAGACACAUUUCAAGAUUCGAGAUUUUGGCUGGACUGUGUGUGCAGCCUAAAUGACGAAGUGGAACUUGUUUAAGCAUCAGACAACGCCCAUGGUCGCAGCUAAGCCAACGGGGGCCAGUGCCUUGACUGAGACUCCAGCCUCCGUCGCAUUAGUCUCCGCUGACAACUCCACCGAGCCAGUCAACAAGAACGAUGCCUUCGACGAGAUCAAAAACAAGUUCCUGAAUGAAAUCGUCAAGAUCCCACUGCCGUCCUGGGCCAUCAUUGCCAUUGCCGUGGUCGCUGCUUUACUCAUUCUAACAUGCUGCUUCUGCAUCAUCAAGAAAUGCUGUUGCAAGAAGAAGAAGAACAAGAAGGGCAAGAAGGGGAAGGGUGACAUGGGGAUGAAGAACAUGAAAGGGGGAGAGAAACCUCAGGACGACGACGAUGAAGAAGACGAUGUGGAACCUGGGCUCACGGGAGACGAGAAAGAGGAAGAGGUCAAGGAGAAGGAAAAGCUGGGGAAGCUGCAGUACUCCAUCGACUAUGACUUCCAGGAGAACAAGCUGGCUGUGGGAAUCCUGCAAGCAGCUGAUCUGCUCUCCAUGGACAGCGGUGGCACCUCGGACCCCUACGUCAAGGUCUUUGUCCUCCCUGACAAAAAGAAGAAGUUUGACACAAAGGUUCACAAGAAAACUCUCAAUCCUGUCUUCAAUGAGACCUUCACCUUUAAGAUACCGUUCCAAGAGAUGGGAGGGAAGACUCUGGUUAUGUCUGUGUACGACUUUGAUCGCUUCUCCAAACAUGAUGUCAUUGGAGAGAUUAAAAUACCCAUGAACACCCUGGACCUGGCAAAGCCAAUUGAGGAGUGGAGAGACCUGGACAGCGCAGAUCAAGAGGAGCCAGAGAAGCUGGGUGACAUUUGCAUCUCCCUGCGUUACGUCCCCACUGCUGGCAAACUCACCAUCUGUAUUCUGGAGGCUAAGAACCUGAAGAAAAUGGACGUGGGUGGACUGUCAGAUCCCUACGUGAAAAUUAACCUGCUGCAGAACGGGAAGAGGCUGAAGAAGAAGAAGACAACAGUGAAGAAGAACACUUUGAAUCCCUACUACAAUGAGUCCUUCAGCUUUGAGAUUCCUCUUGAGCAAAUGCAGAAAAUCCAAGCUGUGAUCACAGUGCUGGAUUACGACAAGAUUGGCAAGAACGAUGCCAUUGGGAAGAUCUGGGUGGGAAGCAAGUCCACGGGGGCCGGGCUGAAACACUGGUCCGACAUGCUGGCCAACCCCCGCCGCCCCAUCGCCCAGUGGCAUCCACUGCAGCCAGAGGAAGAGGUGGAUGCCGCCCUCGCAGCCCUGAAUGCCAAGAAGUAAACUCCCACCACCUCCACACCUUCCCACCCAUGCAUUCCCCACCAUUUCCCACAUAUCAGUGUAUAUUCCAGAAGAAUACCCCCAACUGUACAUCUUCUCCCUCCACCACCUCCCCUCUCCUACUGCCACCUUUCAAAAAGAUCCAUAGAUACCAUUCGACAUGAUGGGAAACAAUACUUACAAAAAAAAAAAGCCUCAUGUUAUAUGAAAUCAUGUCACAGAAAAAAAAAAAGAAGUUACAGGAUGGACAGAUACUCCGUUGAUUUCCUUUAGAUCUAUUUUUGUAUUGGGGUUGUGGUUCCAUUAAUAAGAAUACAGAGUAGACUAUGUAGAAGAGUAAGAGUGCUGUAUGGAAAUGUGGUGAUAGAGGGGAUAAAAACAUACACAUUCAUAUUGUACUUCCCACCCCUUCCCUUUAGUGACACAGUUUGCUUAGAAUAGCGCUUAAUAAUAAAAUGCUUUAUACUGCCAUAUGAUAGAGAAAUAACACAAGCAGGUCCAUUCCUUAGGUGUCUUGUGCACCAUGUUCCAACACCUGCCAGUUAUCAUACUAGAUGAUUCUGUUGGUUUGAAGUACAUUCCUAGAGUUGGGUAGCAAAGUAGGGAUAGGGCACAUGUCCAGUUACCCACAAACGCACUGCCUUUUUUUGAUUGGUUAACCUUCCGCCCAUCGUCUCAGGAAAACUGAGAGGAAACUGAAGCUCCAUGCCUUUUUUUUCUAAACGGGUCGUUAUUAUUCAAAUACACCACUGGAUGAGAGGGAGAAGUGUCGGAUCCAGACACAGCUGGGCCCUUCGGUGACCUAAGGCUCACGUAGUGUUCCAUGAAAUGGUGCGUCAGGUGUGUAAGAGAGAGAGAGCGAGAGAGAGAGAAAGAGAGAAAAAUGGAUUUUCAAUUUAAAAAAAGUAAAAAACAAAAAAAGGGUAUUUCUGUAUUUUUUGACUGUCAUCUCAACAACAAAAAGUGUGGAAAUAUCAGAGCGGGUACAACACAGACUGAUCCCAACCGCCAGUGACAUGAUAUUUACAAGGCGUCGAUUACUGCCUGCUUCCACCUCCACUUCCAACGCCUCUGAUUCUGUAUCUCACUUGUUCAGUGCUACUGCCAUUAGUCAUGGACUUGACACAAGGGUUUUACUUCAAAGGAAUCCCUAUAACCGUCUUACAGUCAUAAAGGAGACAAGCCUUCCAAGUAACAAAAUAAGCAAUUUUCAACUACCAGGGACGCCUUCCAGUUAACGGUGUUGUUCUCUUCAUUUCUAUUUUUUCUGUCUCUUCUUUUCCUUUUAAUUAUCCACUUGUAUUUGUUUUUCUUAUUUGAUGCUUUUAUUCCUUGAGCACUUUAAAUCAAAAUAUUACGUUUAAGUACACUCAGAAACCAGAGCUUUAAUUAUUUGUGUGAGGAACAAUUGCUGGUUUAAAAAAAAGGAAAAAAAAGAGCAAAGAGUCGUUGUUCUUGUUUGUUUUCGGCCUCAGCUUUUUGUGUGUGCGUUUUAAUUGCUUAGAUAUUCCAUUUCUCACCUGAUUGCAAGGAUGUGGUCUGGAAGAAGGUUCUGAUCCAUGUGUAUUUUAUACACAGCUUACCAAACUGUUGAAUUUAAUUGCACUAAUGGGUGUUAUUCUGUUCUGUGGCAAUUUGACAAUUUGAUCUAUGUAGUUAUUUGUUUAUUUUUGAUAAAAAAAAAUGUUGCGCGAUUGAAUUUUUACUGCACAUGUGGCAUGCCAGACAGGUCUCCUCAUACAUAAACACAUUUAAAGUCCGAUGCUGCUCCCUGGCUUCUUCACAGAAUGUAUCAGGUUCGGUGUAGAGAGCCAAAGAUGUGCCCGAUGAAGCUCUGUCAUGCUAGCGUCUGUAGUUGAAUUCAAGUUGGUUACAAAAGUUCCUAAAACUACCUGAAACAAAAAUGUUCCUGAAAUAUUAUUUUAAAAUAAACAACAAUAGCCCUGUUUCCACCACAGGAACUUCCUCUAUAACCAGCGCCCUUUGUAGAUACUUGGUGCAUCUCCACUGCUGGAACUUUUCAUAGACGCUAGCAACUUUUGUGGGUACUACUGCUGGGACAAGGGUCUACAUUACCUUCCAGAAAGUCCAUCUCUUUCCAGCAUUGAAAAGCAGUAAAUCAAGAGCAGUGAAGCUUGGAUGCUGUUCGUGCUAACUGUCGCUGCACAAAUAAAAGCGCCUUCUGCUUUACUCCCACCUACUGGAGUGGAGUGGAAUGGAGGAUGUUGUUUCAUAGGUUCAUAGCACAAAAAUUAAGUCUGUAAAAUGACUCUCUAAUUUCUGAAAUCUUCACAAAAUUUAAGACCGUGAUGAAAACCCAGAACACCAACAGUCUAAGUAAAAAACGGUUUGUGGGACUAAAGGUUACGCACGUUACAAAGAAAAGUGGCUUUUCUUUCUUGACCCAGAAGUUUUGGCUUCUCUUUGGCUCUCUAUAUUUGUAAAUUCAAAUUCUGUUGAAGAGAAAUUGAAUAAAUUGGCAAAGGCUUACUCGUUAGUUAAAGUUCUGAUGUGCGUUGAGUGUGGACCCCGGUGUACCUCCUUGCUGGUCAAGCUGUUCAAAUCAGUGCUGUCUGAGAGCUCCAACAGCAAAAACUACCCGCUGACUGUGUGCGUGGGUCUCGGGCGACCCUUUAGACAUCCACACAGCUUUUCCGGGGAACUUAAUGAAUGUUGGCUCUUGUAUCUAUCUCUCUGCUGGACUUUCUUUCUUUCUUUCUUUUUAUAACCAUCGUAGACCGACUUUCUGUUUGUCAUCUCGUGUCAUUUUUUUUUCUUCAGUUAAUGAAGCAACACUUAAAGAAAAGGCAACAUGGAAGCAAUCAAGCAACCCAUUGGUGUGUAGUUUUGCCUAUAUACAUAGUUCAUACACGGUGAUAUUGCAUGUUUAUACAAACUACUGUACAUAAGAGCAUGUUUUAGAGACAAAGCAAAAAUAUCUCGUGUACGUAAAUGGGUGUCAUUUGUCAUUUUAAUAACACGACGAAGGGAAAAAAAAAAGAUGCACUGUAUAUUUUCUAAAUGAAACAAAUGUGUAUUUAUUUUCCAUGAGGGUCAUUGGAGAGAAUGUCAUACAAAUAUUAAGAGUACUAUUACUAAUAAGAACCUUUCCACGCCUGAAAUUCUUAAGCAAGUGUGUCGUCCAGUACCGUGUGUGAGUUCAUGUAGGAUGAAAAUGUAGCCGCAUGCUUGCUAUCUAACUCCUUGUGAUCUAAUUUCUGUUUUUAAUUUGAUGCCAUUUAUGUGCCAUUAAUUUUGUUUCAGCACUUAUCUGAGAUUAUUUUACUGCUGUUGCUUUUUUUAAACAAAAAGAAAAAAAGAGGAAUUUUUAACUUUUAAUGUUUUGGAUAAGGGAUCUCCAAGUCUGUAAGGACUAUUUUCUAACGCCAGAUUUGAGACUGUGUUAUUCUGAAAAUGACUGAACAGUUACAUGAUCUGUAGGUGGACUGUAGGUGUUUGUGCCAGUGCUGACCCUGAGUGGAAUACGUUGGGUCAUAUCUUUAUAUAAAAACGCAUUUCCAGGGGCCAAAAUAUGAAUAAUCCAAUUCCAGUGAACACAGAUGACUUGGAAUCCCUUCUUCUCUCUGUCUUUACUUGGAGGUUUUUAUUUAUCUCUUCUAUUUAAAUGACCUGAAACACUUCA